AACAGAAGGAACAGCAGCUGCAACCCCUGCGGCUUUAACAGCAGAAACAGCUGCUGCGCCACCUGCAGCUGUAACAGCAGCAGCAAAGUCACCCUGAACAGAAAAAAAACUGAGGCAAAUCACCUUGAACAGAAAAAGACUGAGGCACAACCUUCAGCUUUGAGAAACAGCAGUGGAAAAGAGCAUAAGAGGACAAGUACCUUCAAAGAUAUGAAAAAUGGCAGCUCCACCAUUUACAGCUGAAACAGCAGAAACAGCUGCGCAACCUGCAGCUGUAACAACAGAGACGACACCUUGAGUAGAAAAAAAAAAAACAGGCACAAUCUUUAGCUUUGCAGCUUUUCAGAGAUGAAAAAUAAAACCUGUACCAUUUACAGCUGUUGCAAGAAGCAACACCGCCGGUAACGAGAACAGCUGAGAGGAACAACAGUCAAAACAGCAGAGUCGUUCACUAGAGAACCUCUCGAGGGAAUGUCCAAGUAAUUAACUGAGCGGAGCAGGAGCAGGAGGACGCUGCCGCCCGCCGCGACCGCCGCCGUCGGAAAUCCCGCUGAGGCCCGCCGCGCCCUUCUCCCUGAUGAGGGGCCCCUUGGCCGUAGUGGCAGCGGCUGCAGCAGCCGCGGCGGCUGUCCAACAGCCGACGACGACGCCGACGCAGAAUCAGGUUCCUCCUCAGCAGCAGCCGGCGUCGGCAGCAUCACAACAGCAGCAUUCAUCGUCCUCGACUCCCGCCGGAGGCGCUGUAGGAGGAGGUGGUGGAGGAGGAGGAGGAGGAAGCGGAGGUCUCGAAUACCUGAUCUGCCCCUUCUGCGGGAGGCAGAGCAAAAGGCGCGACCACCUGCGCCUCCACAUCCGCACCCACACGGGCGAGAAGCCCUACAGGUGUCCCUACUGCGAGAGGCGGACGAACCAGAAGAACAACCUCAAGUUGCACAUCAGGAACGUCCAUCCGGGACAGCCUGCCGAGUUCUGAAGAACAACUGUUGUUUUCUUUUUUUUUCCUUUUCCUCUUGUUAUGAGCUCUCUCUCAUUCUCCUGUCUUCUUUUUCGUCUUCUUCUUCUUCCUCCUCUUCAAGUGUGGUUCAUCUCCAAACGCUUUUCUCAUUUGCUGUUCUUCAUCAUGUUCUUCUUCUUCUUCAUCUUCUUCUUUGUUUUAAUCCUUAAUCGUUUUAAAGUUUUUUUAUAGAUCGUUAGUGAAUGGUGCACUAGCUUUCAAUCCUUUUGUUGCGUUUAUAAAAAAACACAGAAAUUUAGGAUGCUAUUUUUUUAUAAAAAAACAUAAUUUUAUUUAAAGCCAAUCGAAGAUUUUUAAGUUAAUUUUUGGUAGCCGAACGACUCAUAUUCUUAAAUUUUAAGUUACAGCCUCAAAAUCGUAAAUUUUUCCGCGUCUAUUCAGGUCAGGUCUUCAGUUCUUUCAAAACAUUCGAACAACAGCUUAAUUGAAGAAUCCAAAGAUGAUGAGCCGUAUCGAAGUCUCAAUCAUUGACAUAAGUCCCAUCAUCUGAUCCAUGACGUCAUUCGUAACGUAAACUCUUCAAAUAAUUCGUUAUCUGUUACGUAAUAACUAUUUGAACGAACUCAAUCUUAACACACUCCCUUUUCUUAUGCCUAGUCGCGUUCAUUUCUUCACUUAGGUGCGUUCAUUUCGUAACUUUAGACAAGUUCAGUGUCUUUUAAGCGCGUCGUCACCUAUAGUUGCGUUUAAUCCAGCGCUUUGGUAAGGCGCCCUAAUUGAGGUCAGGUGUUGACAAUCUAACCUUCAUCUUCUGCUAGAGAGAAAUUCUGCAGGUUUUAUACAGCGUUGAUGAUAAUGACGAAUAAUUCCAUCGAAAUUAACGUAUAUCCUGUGACCAUGUUUGUAAACCUGGCCUAUUUGAAUAUUUUAUUCAAUAAAUUCUGAAUUUCAGUCGAAGAAUCUGAUGCUAUUCUUGAAAAUGCACACCAAUAGAAUAUGGUUCAAGUUCAGCAUAUUUGUAAUUUUUUUCAUAUCAUUAUUAAGUUUACACAAGAUAUUUUUAACAUUUGUUGCUUGCUCUUCAAGAUGACAAUGAGUUCUUCAAUGGAAUUUAUUUCAAACAUUUUUAUUUACUAUUUAUUUAUUUGUUUAAUUUUUCUAGUUACACGCAUUAUUCAAAGUUCGUCAGUAGCAUUUUUUUUAUCGUUUUCGGAAUUUUCGAAGAUUCAUUGACACAUGACAGUUGUAAGGACUGAUAAGUUUCCUACUUUCAAGUUGAUGCGUAUUUUUCUGGUUUGCAAGUCCUUUGUAGUUUUUCACGUUCACUUCAUCAAGUGUUAUGAACGUUUCCAGAUAUGGAAAUUUGGUUUUAUGAAUCAAGCGCUAUUGAAACUUUUACAAAUGCUGCUUUUCAAGUGGUCUGUAACUUCACCUUUGAUAUGUCAAGUACUUCUUUUGACAUUUUUUCAAAGCGUUCUUUAGGUUUAGUUUCUUAACAUCGAAUUCUUUAACGGCUAUUUUUCAGAUGUUAUUAAAAAUUAACAAUUAAAAACAAGUACUGUUUAUUUAUGUAUUUAUUUUUAUUUUCUGAACGAUCUUUUUUUCUAUGUUUUUAUUCAGCAAUUUAAUAUGCCAUGUCAUUUUUUUGCGAGCAUCACUUCCCUUUCAGUUGGUAAUUGCUUGAUUACUUGUCUUAAGUUUUCGUCUAAAUUUUCUGUUAAUUGUAGCACGAAUAGCAGGUUCUCAUCGUAAGAUGGAAUUAUAAUCAUAUCAGUUUAACCUUGACCGUUUAUCGAUACUUAAUCAGCCAUAAAGAUAGAACGGUUUUUUUGUCGGUCUAUUUGUUAACAGGCCACACAC